AUGGAAAGUGAAGCUUAUAGCUAUGGAUUCUCUGAUUCUGCUGUUGCUGAUGCUUUGAGGAACUCUCAGUUAAAAUCCCAGUCGCAUUUUUAUUUUGAUUACGAGGAAGUGGAUGGGGAUGAUGAUUUGAAUUCGGAAUAUCCUUGCCCGUUUUGUCCUGAGGAAUUUGAUUUGGUUGAGUUAUGCUGCCAUAUUGAUGACGAACAUCCCGUAGAAGCCAAGUUUGGAAUAUGUCCUAUUUGUUCUACAAGCGUGGGAGAGAAUAUGGUUGGACAUAUAACGAUGCAACAUGGAGAUAUAUUUAAUAGUCAACAAAGAUUGAAAUUUGAUAAAGACGAUUUCCCUCAAAGUCUUUCUUUCGAGAGGAAAGAGUUACUAGAUGAUCAUGUAAGAACUCUUUCUGGGUUUUCUUCUCUGCAUUCCACCUCCAAGAUGGCACCUGAUCCAUUGCUGUCAUUUUUAUGCAAUGCACCUGUCAUCAAUGAGUCUGAAACUGUUCGGCCCGGGCCUUCAAGUAUAGAAAAAAUGGAGGAAAAAGAUUUAGACGAUACACUGUCGGAAAGGGAUGUCGGGUUACCUUCUCUACCAGACACAAACCAAGAAGAGAAGACUCGGAGAUCGGACUUCGUACGGGGGCUAGUUUUCUCCAUCAUCUUAGGCGACAAUUUAUAAUAGACAUCACAAAGGCAGAAGAAGAGGGAUGCUAUAUCAUAUUUGUAGGAAAUGGUAUUAUGAUUAGUGUUUAUUUCAACCUCCAUAUUACUGUAAUGGGAACACGACGUAGGAAUAUAUGAAUUUGGCUUCGUAAAUAUGGUUAGAAAGUGUAAGCAUUCUGUCUCU